AUGUCCAAUGGCACUGUUUGUUCCUCCCCUCCCCUCCCCAACGGGGACAUGGUGAUGUCCUCCGUCCGGCCAUCAAUCGAGACGGUCGAGAAGACAGCAGCUGCCAAGGUCUUUCUUGAAACCCACUUCAACGAGAGGCUUAACCGACCAAACAGCCGUACCAGACGGGAGCAGUACCUCCAAACGCAGUUAUUCUACAACCCACACCUGAGCGCUGAAGAGAAGGACGCCAUCAUGGAGUCGUUCUAUACUCACGAAACUUGGCACUUGAGAGAGACCCGUUCCAUCAAGUCGAGAUGUCCGGCUGUUGGGCAGCCGGUUGAUACAACAUCGUGCGGAAACAGCUACGAGGCUCUGAAGAUCCUAGGGAAGGGCAGCUUUGGCGUCGUGAAGCUCGUCCAGGAGAAACCCUCAUUGGGGCAGGUGUACCCCAAACAAGUCUUCGCCAUGAAAGUCAUUCGAAAAUCAGAUAUGCUCCGGAGCAGCCAGGAAGGGCAUCUUCGCGCUGAAAGAGACUUCCUAGUCGCCUCAGAGGGAUCGAAUUGGAUCGUUCCUCUAGUCUGUAGUUUUCAGGACACCUCGAAUCUCUAUCUUGUAAUGGAGUAUAUGCCAGGCGGAGAUUUCCUCGGCUUGCUGAUUCGAGAGAACAUUCUCCAUGAAGCGGUCGCCAGAUUCUACGUUGCCGAGAUGGUCCUGGCUGUCGAAGAGGCUCAUCGUCUCAGGUUCAUCCACAGAGACAUCAAACCGGACAACUUUUUGAUUGCUGCAAAUGGGCACUUAAAAAUAUCCGAUUUUGGCCUUGCUUUUGAUGGCCACUGGUCUCACGACGGAAAUUACUACAACUAUCAUCGCUACUCUCUGUUAAACAAGCUCGGGAUCCAGAUUGACGGAGACGAUGCCGACCAAAAAGAGAACAAAGACAUGCACAAACAGCUGGAGAGGAACCGUAUGCUGAUGAUGGGCUUUGAACGACAUCAGAAGCCGAGAAACUUUCGCUAUGAGAACCCCAGCGAUGGUGAUAGCGACAAUGACGAUGACAACACUCUGGAGGACAUCAUCGACUGGAGAAACAAGUGUGGCAACCGAGCUUCUGCCCACUCAGUCGUAGGAACCAGUCAAUACAUGGCCCCUGAAGUGAUUGUGGGACAACACUAUGACGGUAGAUGCGACUGGUGGAGUAUUGGUAUCAUUCUUUAUGAAUGCCUCUAUGGCCAGACGCCUUUUCUUUCGGAACAUGGGAGAAAGGAAACAAAGCAGAACAUCCUGGACUACAGAAAGCAACUCUACUUCCCUCAUAAACCCGACGUCAGCGACAAAUGCCAAGACCUCAUAUACCGCUUAAUUCGAGACAAGGAAAACCGGAUCUGUUCUCGGAGGUACCAGAUGAAGGACCGAGGACAGCUUGAUGGCGGCCGACCAACUGAUUAUCUCGGACGGUACGUGUUCCCAGACGAUGCUGAGGAUAUCAGAGCCCAUCGGUGGUUCAAGAACGUUCCCUGGACACGGCUUCAUGAAAUAAGCCCCCCUUUUGUUCCUCACGUACAUGGGCCUGAGGAUACCAGAUAUUUUGAUGAAUCGGCAUCCAUAGAUGAACAGACAAAUUCAGGGGAGGAAGCACCGACACCUUCAUCGCAAGAAAUAAAGGCCAUAUUGCGAGAUUUUCGACCUAGUAUUCAGGAGUUGGCCACGGAAUUAGUCGCUGAACCUUAUGAUACAAUCAAACUACGAAGCAUUGAUCAAAGGAUCGAGUUGACCGCACAAGCCAACGAGACAGAAAAGGAUGUGUUGAAGCACUUCGUUCGGAUGUAUGGGCAUAAAGAGCGGAAACGGCCCAGAGAUAGAGUUCUACGGGAUGAGAAGACGAAGGACGUGGCAAUGGCUGUGAGAAAACAGACAGCAUUUCUAGGAUACACUUGGAGAAGAAUGCGGCCAGAGGGAUACAUGAUGCCACGAGCUGAUACCCUCUUUAAGCUGGGAAAGCCGCACGGGAAGCCAACACUGAUUAUACAGUAG